GCUGCAUGCAUGACGUGACGUAGUUCAUUCAUGGCAGUGGGCACCUUUUUCAUGCAGGGGUGUUACCCUGUCCAUGCUUGCUAUUUUUGUAAAGUUUGCCUAAAUAAUACCAUUUAAAAUGCAGUGAUUGCUAAGUGAUGUCACUCUGACAUUUCUUUAUGUUAAAUGUCGAGCAGGAAACCAUCAGUUAUUUUUUUUAACGUCACAUCUACCUCUGUGAAAUGGUUCGGUCUCACCACACAGAUUUCAUUCAUAAAAUUCCAGCUCACUAUAAAAGGCGGGCCUCUCCACUAUCCGCACAGUUAUGGACCUGGCAAUUGGAACAUAAGUAGGCGUUCAGGGAUCACGUUAUUCUGUAAACUUGGACUAGAAAGACGAGUUCAUCCUUUUUGCAUGCGGCGAUUUUAGAUGAAAAACAUGCGUCCAGACUCCAACACUGAGUUCGACUUGUCGUCCAGCUGCAGCACAGCAUCGCCUGGCGGGGACACCCCUGGGUGCAGCCAGCAUCCUCCUGACUCGCUGUCAUCACCAGCGGACAGCGACAAGGAUGCUGAGACCUGUGCAGCAGCAGCAGCAGCACUCUUUGUUCCGACUGUGACUACAAUCUCAACAUCGCCCGAACUAAAGUGGAUGGUGCAGCCCACGGUCAUCACAUCUGUCUCCCCGACGUCGGGCCGUGCAAAGACCAAAACUCAUGUCGCGACCCGGGCGGCUUCCCCUGCAGGUGCAAUUAAGACGAAACCCUGCAACAGGAAGGGGCAAAAGGAGCAGCCUUCCAAAGAGGAGGAGGAAAGGAGGAGGAUCAGGAGGGAGAGGAACAAAAUUGCUGCAGCAAAGUGUCGUAACAGACGGAGGGAGCUGAUAGACACCCUUCAAGCUGAAACUGACACACUGGAAGAUGAGAAAUCGGCUCUCCAGGCGGAGAUUGCCAACCUGCUGAAGGAGAAGGAGAGGCUGGAGGACGUGCUGGCUUCCCACAAACCAUCAUGCAAACUCCCUGCAGAUGAUGCGGAUGACAACAUGGAGGACGACAGCGAAGAUGAUGUUAACACAAUGCUGCAGGAUCCUCCGGCUUCCCCGCAGUUGCUGUCCAUCUUAGAGAAUGGGAAACCCCCGGAGAGCAACGCCACGACUGAAGAAGCCUCUAUUGGUCAAGACAUGGACAGUGUCCCUUGUAUCCCUGCUGCAGCCAUCUUGGGCAACUCCAACAUCUUCCUGUGUUCCAGCGUAGAAGAGGAGGACAUGGAGGACUUAAAAGGAGACGACCUGGAUGACUUGGUUCCCAGUCUAGAGAUGGCGGUGACGUGUGAGACAGCCGCCUCCGUCCCCGACAUAGACCUGAGCGGCCCCUUCUGCCUCUCAGACUGGGAAACCCUGUACAAGUCAGUGGCAAACGACCUUGAAUCUUUGAGCACACCAGUCAUGUCUUCCAGUCCCACUUGUAGCAAUUACCGCACAGUGUUUUCCUUUAAUUACUCCGAGAUUGAUUCCUUGGCUGAGGGCUGCGAGAGCCUCAAAGGCAGCCCCGGCACGUCUGAGUUAAUGAAAGAUAGUCUUAACUCUCCAACACUUCUGGCCUUGUGAAUGCAAAGAAUUUAUGCAACAACAGUGUUUGUAUUCUAACCAGCCAGCAAGCUAUGAUCUCUCACAAAUUAUCUUCUGUCGUGCGAGUUUUGAUGUUGUGUAAGAUCAGAGGUUGUGCAUAUGGUGUGUUUUCUGUGACUGUAACAGGGUUGAAUUCUUCCACGCUGUCGCCACAACUGUCUGAUACGAGGGUAUCAAAAAUGCAUGCAAAUACGAGUCAUCAGUGAUCCAAGGGGAGACGGCACCCUGUGUUUUUGUGAAGUUAGACCCUGCUCAGUAUCUUAAUGUGUGUGUGACACUGUUACUGUAACGAAGUUGUGUUGUAACAAGUAAAAAUAGAGGGUUACUUAUAUGUAGCGUAUAGGUGUAACAUCUUGCUGUAAGGUGUCCUCUGACCUGACAUUUCCUUUAAAGUUUUUCCAUGAAAAAACAAAAACGAAAAGAUCAUGCCAUGUAUUUUAUCGAGAUGUAUUUUAUGAUGACAUAGUUUAUUUUUUUACUUAUCAGAAAAUGAUGCAAAUGCAAAAAAUGAAUUAUGCUGGAAAUAAAAUAAGACAACCGGAAA